ACGAAGAACGGGGACUUUUAGCAGAUCGGCUGAUUUCAGCUAACCCACAAUUGCCUCCUCCUUCGGAGCCUUCCCUUACUCGAGGAAGUGAUAUAUAGCCGCAGCCCUCCAGAGCUUCCACCUCACCACUCCCUCCAAGAAAGCGAGAGAGAGAGAGAGAUGUCUUCCUUGCCCCAUUUUCCGGCGACGUCAUCCGGCCGUCCCGCGUCGGAUCUGCUGCGGAGUUCUUUCACUGAUGGAAUGCCCCUGAAAACUUUAGGCCGCGCGUCGUUUUGGAUCCGCCCGCGACGGCUGGAGCUCGGCGUUCUCUGCAUGAAGAAGAUGCGGAAGGUGAAGAAGCACGACUAUCCCUGGCCGGAUCCAAAGGACGUCGAUCCGGACGUCAAGCGCGGGUUCACGACCUACCUCUCCGAUUUCAAGCCGUUAGCUGAGAAGCCGAAGCCGGUGCCCCUGCCGUUCGAGAAGCCGCUGAUGGAUCUCGAGAUGAAGAUCACCGAUGUAAAGAAGAUGGCUGAAGAGACUGGCUUGGACUUCACUGAUCAGAUAAGUCUGUUGGAGAAUAAGUACCAACAGGCUCUAAAAGAUCUUUAUACUCGUCUCACCCCUAUUCAGCGACUGAGUAUUGCUCGCCAUCCUAAUAGACCAACCUUUCUUGAUCAUGUUCUAAAUAUUACUGAUAAGUGGGUGGAACUCCAUGGUGACCGUGCUGGUUAUGAUGAUCCUGCCAUUGUCACGGGUCUUGGAAGCAUAGAUGGCAAAAACUACAUGUUCAUAGGUCAUCAGAAAGGAAGAAACACGAAAGAGAACAUUCAUCGGAAUUUUGCCAUGCCAACACCACAUGGUUAUCGUAAGGCUCUUCGCAUGAUGUACUAUGCUGAUCACCAUGGAUUUCCUAUCAUUACAUUCAUUGAUACACCUGGAGCAUUUGCAGAUCUUAAAUCAGAAGAAAUUGGCCAGGGAGAAGCCAUUGCACAUAACCUAAGAACAAUGUUUGGCCUAAAGGUGCCAAUUGUUACUGUGGUUAUAGGGGAAGGUGGUUCUGGUGGUGCCCUUGCUAUAGGUUGUGCAAACAAGUUGCUGAUGAUGGAAAAUUCUGUUUUCUAUGUUGCCAGUCCGGAAGCCUGUGCAGCAAUUCUGUGGAAGAGUGCUCAAGCUGCUCCAAAGGCUGCUGAGAAGCUGAGGAUAACUGCUUCAGAAUUGUGCAAGCUGAAAAUUGCAGAUGGCAUUAUUCCGGAACCUUUAGGGGGGGCACAUGUUGACCCAUCUUGGACCUCACAGCAAAUAAAAGUAGCAAUCAUCGAUGCAAUGAAUGAACUUUCCGAAAUGGACACAGAAGCAUUACUUAAUCAUCGCAUGCUUAAAUUCCGUGCUAUUGGUGGUUUUGAAGAAGCAACAUCUUUAGACCCUAGAAAGAAAAUCAACAUGAAGAAGAAAGAUGAACCGACAACAGGGGCAACUGCAGAGCUCCUUACAGGUGCAGAAAUUGAGGGUGAGAUUGAAAAAUUGAAAGAGCAACUUCUCAAAUCGAAGGAGUCCUCGGACAAGCUCCCUGAUGUGGCCUUCAAUGAGAUGAUUGACAAACUGCGAAAAGAGGUUGAACUGGAAUAUACAGAGGCUGUAACUGCAGUCGGGUUGCAAGAAAGGCUUGACAUGCUACGUCAGGAGGUCGCCAAAGCAAGGACCUCAUCUGAACAGCCUCUGGAUCCAGUUCUUGAGGAUAAGAUUAAUAAAGUUAAACAGGAAUUUAGCCAGAGAUUAGCAGAGGCACCAAAUCUGGCGAUCUUGAAUUCUAAGCUCCAGAUGCUAAAAGAUUUGACAGAUGCUAAGAAGCAGUCAGAGAAGAAUAGUCGGCUUGUGACGUUGAAAGAGGAAAUAAAUAAGGGACUUCAGGGUGCUUUGGAUCAAUCUAAAUUAAAAGAGGAACUUGUGGUGUUGAGGGAAGAAAUCUCACGUGCUGGUGUCACUAAUGUAGAAGACCUGGAUGAGGGGCUGAAAGAAAAGAUUGUUAAUGUGAGGGAGGAGAUUGUGUCAAAUUUGGGAGAGGCAUUGAAAUCCAUGAAUCUAAACAUUGAACAUGUGGUACCAAAGGAAGUAGCUCAUGUGGAGGACUAUGUUGAACAGCAAAGGUAUGCAGCAUUGAAGGAUCAAAUAACAGAACUCAAUGAGGAGAUAAGCAAAGAGAUUGUAGAGACUAUUAACUCAUCUGAUUUGAAGGGCAAGAUUGAAAAUCUGAAGUUGGAGGCUUCCAUGUCCGGAAAAUCAUCAAACCCAGAGGUGAAGAGUAAGCUUGAAGAGUUAAAGCAAGAAAUCAAACAGAGGGUUGAAGAAGCAAUGUCUAGCUCUGAAUUGGCAGAAAAAUAUGAAAUGCUAAUGCAAGAGAUGGUCAAUAUUAAGAGCCAAGGGGUUUCCUUGGUAGAUGAGGAAGAGAAUUCUGAAGGUGGUGAAAGCAAGCAUGGAUUUUCUGGGAUGGGCAUCAUCAAUAUGGAUGCAGAUCACAAUCGCAGUUUGAUUUAAUGACGAGGGUGAGCAAAUGCAAUUCACAAGUUCGUCACACCAUUCUGCUGGACUUCCCGAUCGCUAUCGCCGGAUGAGUUUGUGGGUACAGGCUAUCCCUGCUAAGCUAUUAACCUUUCUCCCCGGUUCUGUUCCGGUUUUUCUUCAUAUUGUUUGGGAGUGCGUUGUAGUUUUGAAAAUUAGCUUCUUGGCAGUUUUUAAUUGUGUAUAGCUUCCAUAAAUAUUCAUGAACUCUGAGCUCCAGAAACAUCGAAAGGGAAUAAUAAGCUAACAAUUUUUUUUUAA